GUACCUUAACGAAACCCUCUUAGCCCCAUUCGAAAGGAAGAUGCUCAGAAGGAUACUUGGCCCCGUAUGUGUGGAAGGACAAUGGAGGAGCCGCUACAAUGACGAGCUAUACGAGAUGUACGGCGACCUCACUUUCGUGCCGCGUAUCAAGCUAGCCAGGCUCCGGUGGGCUGGCCAUGUUGUACGCAUGGAAACGGAGGACCCAGCCCGUAAAGUCUAUUUAGGCCGACCACAAGGACAGAGGAGGCGUGGCAGGUCCGAAUUGAAGUGGCAAGAUGGCGUGGAGGUGUCCGCCAUCAAAGCCAAAACUAACUGGCAGACGAAGGCGCGAGACCGUGAGCGGUUUCGGACACUCCUGAGGCAAAGCGGUUGUAGCGCAGGAUAAGUAAGUAAGUAAGUACCUUUACACAUAAACUUAAAACAAACUUGAUUACCUAAAGUCUUGCAACGAAUGCCCUUUCAAAAGAGCCAAUUUACAUCCACAAACCGCAUUUCAUUAAAAACCAUAUUUCAUUAUACUAUUUACAUUGCACUGGCCAAGCGACAAGCGUGCAUGACGCACAGGUGGCAAUCGAGCAAAAACAAGCAGAAAUAAGUGACAAAUUAAUUUCAGAUUAAAAAUACAUUUGUUCUGUGUGCCCAGCUGUACCGUGUUUUACUUUCAUGUUGCGCAAAACUCUGUGUAAGGCACGUAUAAAAUGAAUGGCACUACUUUCCAUCGGCCAGCACUUAGCCGACAGCGACCGGGAAAAGAAACUCAUCAACACAACCAGAAGCGUCUCUAAUCAUGAGAUUCUUGUCCGUCUUGACUGUUGGGCUGUUGGUUUGGGUCGGAGUGUUUGCAACCGUAAACGCGGAAGACCCCCGUACCGAGCUGAUAGGUUGCGGCAGUGUUUUGUUUCACCUGGCAGCCAAUCGGUUGUCCCUUCAGCUUGAAGAAUUUGCUGUAUGUAAGCAGUCAAACCCUAGCUACGAUUGCAGCGACAGUAUUCACCGGGCAACUAAUGACCUUCAGCAGGGGCUGUUUGACUUCAACCACUGUACAAAGGAUAUUCGCUAGCAAUACUUAAAAGCAAACCUUUUUGCCAUGUACUUAGUAGGAACACGUGUAAAAUUUGCCCUCAGAAAAGGUGUGAAAAAGAAAAAAUAAAUACUACAACGCACUUUUCAAAACGUCAA